AUGGAGUACUACGGAAGGGAGAAGAACCGGUGGGUGAACCAAAAUGAAACAAUGAACAGAGUAGAGAGAAGCAAAGAGGAUAAUUACGUUUUCAUCGAUGAAAAAUAUAAAAAUUAUUUUGACAAGAUAAGUGACAUAUUUGAAGACAAGGUAGAGUACAUACUUAAGAAGCAUUUUAAGAAGAACGAGCCGACGAAUAAAAACAAACUGCUCUGCUUAAACGUAUGUGUGUUGUGGCAGAAGAAGUUCUUGGUUCUGCUGAGUAGAAGCCUGAAUGAGUUCGAGGCGUAUAGGAAGAGGCACGAGUUGAAGGAUGGCGAAGAGCGGCAAAGAGGCGAAGAGCCGGGGAAGGCUGCAAACGAACCCGGGCAGGACAGAAAUGAAAAAAAUGGAGACAACCAACGCACAGAACAGUUAAAGAGCUUCAUUAAAAACGUAAAGGUAGUGAAUAACCAAAGCAUCGAAGUUGUAUAUGAUGCGAACGAACUGGGAGAUGAUGGUAGACCGUGUGCUGAACUGACGACGGAUGAAAUUUAUUACCUCCUGGUGGAAUCCAAAAAAAGUGAAAACGAUUUAAAAAAAAAUAUAUUCACAUUUUUGAAGUACCUUCCUCUUUUUAUCAAGUGUAUAGAAAAUAAAAGUUUAAUCGAAAAGUCCAUCUUAGAAUCGAAGCUUCUUCUAAAUGAUACCCAAGGGAGAAACCCUAAUAAUGAGGAAGAGGUUCCCCAUUCGGAUGAAGUAAAUGUGAAUAUGAAUCACACACAGGAAAGUCUGUCCCCCAUGGAAAUACAAAAAAAAUUAGACGAAAUUGUACAUUUUGAUUGUAAUUUGUCAGAAAAUUUGGAGACAAUUUUUAAGGCAGGAGUAGGUAUCAUAGAUAUGACGAAUGGGAAGAAAUUUCGUAUCGGUGGGAUGGAUCCCUUGGAUGGUGGUACCCACGUGGAUAAUGAUGCGGAUAAGCAGACCAUCAAUCGGAUGGAAAACCAACAGGAACACGAUGAUGACACAAAGGAUGAGUACUUCCAACAUCAUGCCACCUUUAACAAUUUGGCAGAUUUAUCUAAAAAUUUUUUCAGUAAAAAAAAUAACACCUCACUUAUUCUCCCUCUAUCAAAGAUUAACGAUCUGUCUCUCAUAAAUAAUAUAAGUACCAGGUCGAACAACGAUGCUAAGGAAGAGCUCUCCGAAAGUGAAGCUGCUUUCUACAUUUACAAAAAUAACAUGGAAAAACUCAACCUCUACGGGAUGGAUUUACUCAUCAAUUUAAACAAUAAAUUGAUUUACAAAAUUAAUCAUAUUUAUAGCCUUAUUCAAUUUUACUCCAUGUUGGCGAAGGAUGUAUUCAACGAGGG